CGGAGCUUUCCGGCCUCGGGGCUGAGGCCGAGAUGGAGACGGUGGCCGCUCUAGAUACGCUACUCUCCGGGGCUUGCCUGCUUUUCACCCUCUGCAUGUUUUCUACCGGCCUCUCGGACCUCCGGCACAUGCAGACCACCCGGAGUGUGACCAAUAUCCAGUUCCUGCCCUUUCUCACCACGGACGUGAAUUGUCCCUUCUCCCUCACCUGCAGCAACCUAAGCUGGCUGAGUUAUGGACUCCUCAAGGGUGACAAGACGCUCAUUGUGGUGAACGCCCUGGGAGCCUUGCUCCAGACACUCUAUAUUCUGACAUAUCUGCACUACUGUCCCCGAAAGCGUACUGUCCUUCUGCAAACUGCUGCUCUUCUGGGUCUUCUCCUCCUGGGCUACAGCUACUUUCAGCUCCUGGUACCUGAUUGGACAACCCGGUUGAGGCAGCUAGGCCUUUUCUGUAGCAUCUUCACCAUCAGCAUGUACCUCUCACCCUUGGCGGACCUGAUCAAGAUCAUUCAGACCAAGUCUACUCAGUGCCUGUCCUUCUCCCUCACUGUGGCCACACUCCUUGCCUCUGCUUCCUGGACCCUCUAUGGCUUCCACCUCAGUGACCUCUACAUUAUGGUACCCAACAUACCAGGAAUAAUCACUAGCCUGAUACGCCUAGGGCUCUUCUGGAAAUACCCACAGGUUCAAGAAAAGAGCUACAGUCUUCUUCAGACCUAAGGAUGGUGAAGGGAUACCAUACCUAUCCUUUCAUCUAUCACUUUGGUGCCAGCCUGUUGCCAAAGACUCUCUCAUCCAAUCUCUUCUGCUAUGCCUUGUUGCUCAACUUACUUAGCCACAGUGGGGUGGAGUGGAAGAGGUAGGGACUUCUUUGACAGCAGAGGGACCAAAAUUAGGGAUUUUAUUUGGGAGGAAUUUUUUUUUUAAGAGAGAUUAUUUUUUUAAUGUGGGGUUGGGAUAGUAUUUAGUUCCAUUCUGUGCCUUAUAAUAAAUGAUCACACACCCUUCC